UUCCCUGGCCCGGGGGCUGCGAACUUCCCUCCCCUAAAGAGGAUAAAAGGGGUUCGUCCGUCUCCGGGAGCCACAGAUCGCUCUCAGCCAGCUCUCUUGCCAGCUCUCGCGCUCCAGGCACCGCUGCCCAGACCCACCGAGCUGAGCACCAUGUCCCGCACCGCGAACGCCGCUGUCCCCGGACUCCUCCGAGCCGCGCUGCUGCUCCUGCUCCUGGUCACCUCCUGCCGGCACGCUGCAGGGGCUCCCGUGGCCAAUGAACUUCGCUGCCAGUGCUUGCAGACCUUGCAGAGAAUUAAUCCCAAGCUCAUCCAGAGUGUGAAGGUGACAGUCCCAGGAGCCUCCUGCGACCAAACCGAAGUCGUAGCCACGCUCAAGAAUGGACAGGCAGUUUGUCUCAACCCUGAAGCCCCCCCGGUUAAGAAAAUAAUCGAAAAGAUGCUAAACAAAGAUAGCUCCAACUAACCAGAGGAAGCAGGAAGCUGAUUGGUGUCAUACCUGACACAGACCCUGCCUUACAAAAAUCAAAGAGGAAAAAGAGGAAUCAUCAUCAGCUCCCAGAGCCACCUGGAUGGAGCUUCGAGUGCUUGAGCAUCUCUUAGGAGAAUUCUUCUACUUAUUUAUUUAUUUAUUGGUUGGUUUUCAAACAUCUAUGUUAAUAUUUUACAUGUAAAAUCUUUAAGGAUUUGAUUGACUCUACUUGUGCAUUGUACUAUUAUUUUUAUUGUUUAUUUUAUGUCAAACCCGUUAGUCCAGUUCUGCUUGGUAUUUAAUUUGAAAGUAAAAUGUUUGCAAAUGUUCUCUAGUCAUUCAAUUAAUAUUUCCAAGGAGUCCACAGUAAUGCCAGCUGCUAUGACAGGAGGUGGGGGAUCCAAGCAAUAGUGAGGUCAUUGUCAGGGGAGGAGAGUGCAUGUGGGCACCUAUUGUAAGUGUUUAAGAGAAUUUCAGUGGUUAUUUAUUGGGACAAUUUCACAGUAUGUGCUCAGCAUUCCUAAUGUUGAAGCUUUAAGAACUACGAUGUUCUAAACAUCCCUUGGACAUUUCAUGUCUUUUUUGUAAGGCAUAAUGCCUUCUUUAGUGUUAAUUAUGCCAUGUUUGUGUCUUAAAACAAAGAAAUUGAUUUAUUGAUGCUUUUGCAAAAA